ACACGCGCGUGUAGGCCUUCUCCGACGCGCCGCGGUGUUGGUGCACCGAUGUAGGUGUAACGGCGCGUCGUAGGUGUAUGCCACAUCGCGGUUUGGCGCGGCCGCGCCGCGGCAACUGUUCUUGGCACAGUUUCUGGUCAUCUCCUAUUGCGAGCGGAACGCGCGCGCGUUGCUGGACCUCUGCGUGUGCGAUCUCCUCCGCGUCUCUCUCUCUCGCCUCUCGCCCCGCGCCCCGCGCGCCGCGCGUCACGCACGUCACGUCUCGCGGUUCUCCUUCGUGUGUGCAGCAUCCGCGUACGUUUCCCCGAGUCGGCACGCACCGUGCACCUGCGCGAUCGAUCCCGAGGGAGAGAAGAGAGGAGCUAACGAGAUUUUUCUCCCCGAGAAAAAAAAAUGCAGCUGACGACCUGUUGCAGAUGUUGUUCCCUGAAAACGGGAACAAUCUUCAGCGGAGUAUGUGGAAUCGUACUAGCCGUGAUUUCCCUGAUCCUGAUCUUCACGGCAAACGUAGAAUGGAAAACGAUAAUCGUCGACAUCCUAGACAAGACGGCCGUGAAGAUCAUCUUCGCGAUAAAUCUCUGCAUGACCAUCCUGAUUUCUACGCUGCUCAUAAUCGGCGCCUUAAGAAAAAAUACAUUUAUGAUGCUUCCAUGGGUGGUUCUGGGCAUUAUGCUGGCCGUCGCUCUUCUUGUGAGCGUCCUUUACACCUCAAUUAUGUUCUUCAUAAACAGCGAAGUUCUUAAUGGCGUUCUUUGGCUCGUUUUCGGUCUAAUUGCUGUCGUGGUAUACACGUACAUGUGGCUGGUAGUGUACAGCUAUUUCCAGCAACUGAGGAUCGAGAAGAUGAACAAAAGAAUGGGUCCUUAUGGAAAACCAUACAAUUACCGGCGAGCAUGAGGGCAAGAUUGAAUGUGUAUAGAUACGAUUGCAGGGGCCUGUCUGCGAAAGCGAUCGUGGAGAACGGCGUGGCGACCGCAGCAACCGCUACCGCUCGUAUAAACAUUUAUAAACUCGUGUCGACUCACAACACGUUGUUACAAUCGGUUACAAGUUGCGGUGGUUCAUAUGCCGUUUUCGCCGUAUCUCUGAUUCGCCGAAUGACAUAUAGGACUAAAACCGAUUUUUCUUGCAGUCAUUAUUUAUCCGAUUAACGACGCGGGAAUAUCUUCUUGUUAACUGUAAAUCUGUGUAAACAGUGUCAUAAAGAUAUUUCUGUCACAGUUUUUAUUUGCACCAAAGCACGAUAUAUUGCGAUUUACAUGACCGGAUGUUUUACAGGAGCGUCCUGUAAUCCGCGUAAAGUAAGCGUAAACUUAGGACAUUUGUACAUAACAUCGUAUUUAUUAUAACUAUUAUUAAUUAUUUUGCCUAACAAAUAAAUACUCCCGUAAUUUUUUAAAGA